UAGAUAUAAGUACAGCUUUUAAAACAUUAAGUAUAUUGUAAUAGACGCCCGCAUAACAUAACCGCACGGACCUUUCCCCUUUUUUAAUUUUCUGGCGGCGGGCGGGCGCUAGGCCACAGGGUUUUUGGGUUUUGUGUGGGUUCAUUAAGCUCCUCUCUAUUUGGAAGAAUGACUUGAUGGCUAUCAGCACCUUUUAUACUUCCAUCACACGACAACCAGAUCGUCUCAACGUAGAAAAGGGUUCUAUCGAAGAGAAUGGCUCUUCGGAUCGCUAACAAGAGACUUACAAAAGAACUUGCAGAGAUCCAUAAGUCAGGUCCUCCAACUGGAACAACUUUACUAAACGCAGAAGAUCUUAAAGAAUGGAGAUUCUCUCUAACCGUUCUGGGCGAAAGUGUAUACGAAGGUGAAACGUUUGCAUUGCGGUUUAGGUUCAACGACAAUUAUCCAUUAGAAGCACCCGAAGUAGUCUUUCUUACUUCGCCUCCCUUCAAAGCACCCGAACAUCCUCACAUUUAUACCAAUGGACAUUGUUGCGUUUCCAUCUUGUCAACCGAAUGGAGUCCGGUGCUCAACGUGACAAGUGUUUUAUUAACGAUGCAAAGCAUGCUUGCAAGUUGUAAAAAGAAGGAGAAGCCAAAAGAUAAUGACAGAUAUGUAAAACAUGCGCCGAUAUCUCCCAAAGAUACAGUUUGGUCUUUUCAUGACGACAAUGUCUGAAUUCAUUCCAUCGCCUCUGAACCUCCAUUUAACUUUUCGCACUUUGUACUUUAUCUCACAACAUCAAUGUCCAUAUUGACUCUGUACAAAUAAAUACAACUUCCUCUCUGUACGAUCGAUGCACUGUAUCUUUUUCCCUUCCAUUGAUAUUCAGUCCCCUAUGCGCUGAAUACAUUCUGGGAAAGUGGGGAUCGUUUCGAAGUGGUGCGACCACCGUAUCGCUGUGCUUCUCGAUGAACGUCCGAAUGUGCGUUUGAAUUCGAUACAGAAAGUCCCAUCUGAACUGUCGAUAGGGGCGGCA